AUGGCAGACAUCAAAAGGAAUGUUCUCCUGGGCCUAAUCUGUGUGUUCACAAUCGGAUUCGUCGUAUCAGCCACCACCGCCGCUGCCGCCACCACCACUGUUUGCAAUGUAGCCACCUCGGAUCUCUUAGAAUGUCUUCCGGCAAUUACCGGUGCACACCCUCCACCGCCCACCUACCGUUGUUGCAAGGUCAUGCAUCGGGUCAACUUGCCGUGCCUCUGCCGCUACAAGCCGCAACUCGCCAAGUUCGGGGCCAACCCUGCAGCGGCCAUGGCCUUACCCAAGAAAUGUGGCAUUAAAUCCACACCAAAAUGCUAA